AGAUUGGAUGUAUUAGAUGGACCAGUACAUUCGAUCUCAGCUGCUGAGUGCAGUAAACAAUCAGGACAAUGAAAAAUUGAUUGCAACUUACCAGAAAAUCAAAGCAGAGGGCCACAAAGGAGCAACAGAGACCCUCAGUCCCGACCUUUUUGUGAUAUGUGCUGAGUCUGCCAUUAACAUCAACCUAGUGAAAAAUCAUGAACUGAUUGAAGAGGCUCUUAUCUUUUACAUCACCUUGAAGCCCAAAGCAAACCAGUUUUUAGCAAGGAGCUAUCUUUGUCAUGCUCACCUACAUAAGCCAUCCUCAACAAGAGAUAUUGAUAAAUUACAAAAAUGUUCCAAUUAUAUCCUCAAGGCAAUCGAGUUUGGAAAGAAGAACUCUCGAUAUUAUUUCCUUGUUGUUAAUGCGUCCAUUUUGUUCUGGAAACUUGCCAGACCAUUUCUUGUGCUUCAAAGUAUUCAUCAUGUUGUCAACACGUUAGGUGCUAUUGUGAAAGCGUUGACAUUUAUUGAUGACCACAACAAAAAGUGGCUCUUGAGUCUGAGCGUAUCUUACAUUGAGAGCCUGUACAGGAAUAAACAAAGUGAUUUAGCAUCCAAAGAGACAAAGAUAGCGAUUAAACUGGCCAAAGCGAAAUGCCAGGAGCAGCUUGUUGAAAUUAUCAGUAAGCUGUCUAGCUAUGGCCUUGUUACUUCAAAUGACAUGGUGGAUCUUAACCUGAACCUGAUGAUCAUCUAUGAAAUCAACACUUUGAAGUCCAAAUUAAAAAGUGACCCUUCAACGGAUAAGACUAAAAUAUCCAAGACAGUUACAGGUAUCAUAGAGAAAAUCACGAAAAAUUCUUUUAAGCUUGAUCCAGAUACUAGGAACGAAUUACUUCUAGAAUCACUCGCAAUCACCUUACAGCAUCGUCUACCUGAUUUAUCUCAGCAGUGUCUUGACAGCAUGCAACAACCAUUUACUGAUGUCAACUUCGAGUUUCGAGUGAAAUUUGCUGAAGCUGAUCUCAUUGUGAAAAAGCUUGGAAAGGAAGAGGAGUCAUACAAGAAAAGUAUUCUUGAUGUGCGUGUUAAAAGCAUUCUUCAAUGUCAUGAAGCAUUGGUGGCUUCGAUCAGAGACUGUGACUCUCUCACUGUACAAUCAGGAUGUAUUACUUUGUGGAAUUUGUGCUUACCAAUGCUGCAGCACAAUCUUCGUCACCAGAUUAUCGAACCUCUCAAGCUGAUUGUCAAUUCUCUUGAAGAUCUUCAAAGUAUGCUGGUUCUCUUGAGAUGUCAGGUCCACAUUGAGCUGGCUAAAUGCUACCAAGAUCAGCAAAAACUCAUCGAGGCUUUGGAUAACUUCACCAAAGCAUUGAACUUGGAUCCCAAUGAUCAGUACAAAAACACAAUUUUGUACCACAUGAAGUGCAUCGACUUGAAAACUAAUCUUUAUAAGAAGCCUGAUACAAUCGAGGAAAAGGCAGGAUUCCUUUUAGAGCAAGCUAAGUCUGCAAAAAAUGCUAAAGCAAAGCUACAACCUAUCUUGUUAAAAGUUGGAGAAUACCUUGCACCUCAUACUUUCAAUUGGGGGAUUAAAGAGCUUGGUGAAAACAGUCAAAACUGCUCCUCGUUCAUCGUUUUGAGAGACAAGAUAACAAAAUACCGAGAAGCAAAAGAAAAAGGUGUCUCUGAAAUGAACAGGUUGACCGAAUCUAACACUCACGAACGGUUCAUCCUUUGGGCAGAUACUGCUAAGCUAGCAAGAAAAGAGGAGGUUUGGGACGUGGCUCUCACUGCAGCUAGAUUUGCAUUGUGGUUUGAAGAUCGUUAUGCUUUUCAACCUCUAGAUGAAGAUGAGUCAGUCAGAAAGUCCAACCACAGUAGAACGAGCUCGGUAAGAUCCGACAGACAAGGGACCAAAAAUACUGGGAGAUCGAAUUUAUCAAACUUUGAUAAAGCAAAUGCUAUUCUUCUUUCAGAAUUAAAUUUCAUCUUUGCUGAGUCGCUGAUAUACUUCCUCAUGCAAGAGAAGAUUGCAUUGGGAGAGGGGCCGAGCCUUCCAAAACAGAUUGUUGCAAAUGAGGCAGACCUUACCUCUCAUAUUGACUAUCCCCAUUGGGAGUCAUAUUGUGAAUGGGUUAAAGAAGUCCAGGAGGAAUGCAUUGACCAUUUCAUAAAAGGUGGUCAGCAGGGUACUGCUUUGAAAGAGUGGUGGUUAGUGAACAACUCUUGUGUCUAUAUUUGGAAUUAUCUGAAGCAGACAAUCGAUAAAAACAACCACAACAAAGUCAUAGAUUGGCUCUCUAAAGGGUACAACCUCCUCAUGUCCUCCAAAGGUGGUGUCGACUUUGUUCUUGUUUGUCAGUUUGCAGAAGCCUUGGUCCAAGGUUAUCUCACUAAACAUAAAGUUGCCAAGCUGUUGAGUGGAUCUACCUCUCCAAGCCUUUCUAGAAAAGGCUCUCCAUCGCGAAAGGGUUCUCCCUCAAAACCGAAGUCAGGCAAGAAAAGCGUAACUCCUGUCGCCAAAAAAGGUGGUGCCAAAAAAGAUACAAAAGAUGCUAUGCCAAAUGUUGAUCCUGUUAUUGCUGAGGACAUAACGACAGCUAUUCAGAUAUCUGAACUUGUUUAUCAGAAAAUUGUUGGCAACUCCAAGGUUGGUCUACAUAAAAGGAAGUCUUUGCUUUGCUUGUGGGUGAAAUGUAAACAAGUGCUUGCACAACCUCUCAAGAAUCUGCUCCCCGAAGAUGAAAACACAGAUAGUUUUUCUGUUGCUUGUAAAAGUAUUGUUGCUGUUGAAAUGAAUCAUAUGAACACUAACCAGUAUUAUGUGUUCCCCAAUACGCCAACUAUGCAAGAAACAUUGAAGAUGAUUGAUAGCAGUGAUUGGAGUGAUAAGUUGAUUGAGUUAGAAAUUUGGACGAAACUUGCAUCGUUGUCCCUAAAACUCUCAAAUAAAGAAUUGAUCGACAAUUGCUGUGCUAAGAUCUCAGAGCUUCAAAAUCAUCCUCAUUUUGCACGACCAGGCUGCAGGGUCACCGCCAACAAGCUAUUGUGCUACCACAACCUCAUUUUAGGUAAAUCUGAGCUAUCAUUUGCCAUUUCUGAGACUUCCAUCACUGAUCGUUUACCUGCAUUCAAUUUGUUCACAAAUGCAGUUCUGGCAGCUGAGCAAGCCAAAGACUAUGAGCUUGCUAUGGAAGUUAUGCAGCAUUUCUGGAAUGCGAUACUACCUCAUUUGCAGAGAAGCAAUGGAAGAGGUCCUCUGAAGGAAAAUCUUUUAAAGGUACUAAAGGUCAUUGCUAAUCUAGCACCUGAUAAAAAUCAGAAACUGGUCGAGAUUUCUCCUAAACAACAAAAAGAGAUCGAUCUCAGAGCCCAUCUUUAUGGUGCUCUGUUUAUCAUAUUUUUAGAUGAAAAGAAUUGGAGCUCAGGAUUGGAAGAAGCAGAGAGAGCAGCUCUUUCAAUGCCAAGACCAACCCAUCCUCUUAUACUGAAGUAUAGAGCACUUUUUAAGGUCAAUCUUGGUUUAUCCCCCAAUGGUGACCUAGCCAAAUUGGAGAGGAUUGAGACUGAAGACACAGUAUCUGACAUGUGGCACAGGGUUGCAAUGUCAUCUUCUAAUAAAGAGGAGCAGCUCUAUGCUCUUCAACAGUCCAUCAUGCUUCUUCAAAACCCUCAGCUACGAGUGAAGAAAAUAGAGAGCAUUACUAGGUUUGCAGAGUGGCUUUUCAUUAAUCAAUAUCCAAUCAAUGAUGUGCUAGACCAGCUUGAGUGGGCUUUGGAUAUUGCUGUCGGUUUGAAAAGUGAAGAGAAAGGCACAGUUUUGAUGCCAAUAGAAGAACAAGAAGAUCUAAAGUCAAGAAGCAUCGCACAUACACUUAGUGUCACACGGACAAGGCAAACAAUGUCCACAUUGACAACAUCUCUGAGUGAAGAGAAGGUAGACAUCAUUAGCAAACCAAAACCAUUGUUAAUUUAUGUCGAUGAAGCAAUGGAAUCUUCAGAAGAGAUGCUGGAUGUUCAGAGGGGUGAGCUGAUGGCAAGGAUCUUAGUCAUUAGAUCUAAGAUGGUGCUUCAUUCAGGUGGCAAUGUUAAGCACUCCAUGUUGCUUGCUUACAAUAUGUAUAAAAAGGUUUUACAGACAUGCCUGAUGAAUUUAGAGGAUACCCCAGCUGCUGAAGAGAAGCCAAUGACUGGAGAUGGAAAGCGUGCUAAAGGUGGGAAGGCUGGAGGAAAUGUGAAACAAACAACAAAAUCACAAUGUCAAAUCAGUUUCCCAGCGAAUUUAGCCGAUUGGGCUUCAUUCAGACUUCCUGAAAACAUCGUUGAAAUGCUGCACGAUAAGCAAAAUACGGUAACUGUUAACAAAGUUACAUUUCCUCACCCAGAACUCAGCUUAUUUUAUCUGGAAGAGCUCUGUAAACAACUUCAACUCUUUGGUUUUAUUGACCAUCUCCUCCCUCUCUAUGCGAUUCAAGAACUUCUUGCAGUUUCUGUGUUAAAUAAUCCAGAUUUGGUAAACUUGAUUCAUUACAAAGCUGCUUGGACAUGCCAGAGACUUCAGCUUCCUCAAGGUUUCAACCAUCAUCUAGAGCUUGCAGUUUCUGUGCCAAGUAAGGAAGAGUUUGUUGGCAACCAGAUCGAUUUGGAGUUACAUAAAACAGGUGUCAAACAGUCAACGCAACUGCCAAUGGGAUUAAGCGAAGAAUCAAACAUGGCAAACAACAUUAUUUCUGAAAUCAAGCUUUGUGAUAUUCAAGUGAAGAAAGCAGAAAUAUUUAUUCAAUCAGGUGACUUCAAAUCAGCAAUAACUAUGCUGGAGCAAGCAUUACCAUCUAUUGAGUUUACUUGUGGUUCCAGGUCAAAGACAAGAUAUCAUAAAGCUGCUGCUUUACUUGCUGCUUCCCAAGCUAACUACAGCUCAGCAAUGGAGCACUUCCUUCAGAUUCAAAGAUCAUCGAAUGACUUGGAUACAUCUACUGAUCUUAUGAUAAAGAUAAUGGAGAUCCUGGUUAAAACAAGUCCCCAAUCCGCUGACAAUGUUUCACUUAGAUUUAUAGAAAUGUUGCAAGACCUUCAGGCAAAGUACAAAAACCACUCAUGCCAAAUUCAGUUCAUCAUUUCUCAGCUAAGCUGCAUUGUAGUAAAAGCAAAAGUAGAAUCUAUGUUGAAAGACGAUAUGGACACAGGUGAGAUUGAAACACUGUUGACUCUCUGUAAGGUUUAUGAUAAGCCUAUAACCAUAUUCUCAACUCUAGGAUUUAAAUUAGAUGCUUGUUGGGCUAUGUACUGGCUCAGCAAAAUUAAAUUCAGACUGUCAAUCCUGGAAAAUGGAACUGAUUUCCACAAAUGCAUGUUCUUGGAGGCGAUUGAAAGCUCACAGAAUGCCCUGAAAAUGGUCCACAAAGAGAUGAAAAGUAUGGCAGACCUAGGUGUAGUUGAUGCUAAACUGUCUCUGUAUGUUAGAUGCGUCGUUGAUCUACACUGUCACUUGUCCAACAUGUAUCAUCAUAUCUCAACUGAUGUCGUUCUUGAAGAAAAGAGGUUCCGUAUUGCUGAUUCUCAAAAAGAUUAUAUUGAUAAGAAGAUUGAAACCUAUAUCGCUGAGCCAGUCCUGUUAUCUAGCCUUGAUGAGCGCUGGCAGAAGAUGUGCUACAGUGCGAUGGAGUUGUGUAAAAUGCACAGUGAUAACGCAACGAGGAUUUGUCAGAAGCAUCAUCUUGAGUUCAGCUCAAGGCCUCAACUUAAGCUAGGAAUUGCUUUCGGUGACUCUUCAGUGUCAUUCUUUGAGGAUAGUUUAGAUCCUUGGAAUCAAGACAUGUCCGGUGAAGAGAUAGUCACACGUGACAUUCAGCCAGAGAUUAUCUCACUGAAAUACCUCACAUCCUCGAUGGAAUAUCUCACUCAAUCAGUUCAAAUAUCGUUAUUGAAACAAGAUCACAUGACUCUUCAACAAGGUUGUUUAGAAGUGAUCAACAGAUUGGGUUACAAUGCACCUCAUAUAUCUGCACAGUACCUUUCUCUUUACCAAAGCUCUGUUGUGUCCGUGUGGUUAAGAGAUCUGCUGAAACAAGCACUGCAUUGGCCGAGUAAAAGUGAGAUUGGGUCACUCAUUACUCAGUUGGAAUGUGCUUAUGAGAGUAAGAAUUAUCAGUUGUAUAACCAAUGCUUUGAGGAGCUCACCAAGACCAACUCCUCCUGGAAGAAAUUGUUGGUAUUUGAGAAUCACUUCGAUUUGCUAAAAGAGCUUGAUGAAAAGCAAUACUUUUUAAUCCUUCAACAUUCUCCUUGUAAGAAAUAUCUUUACUCCGGCUUCGUCCAAGGUACGAAGACUGCAGGUAAGAGUGCUCUGGAGGGUCCAGUAAUGAACAUCUCUCGUUGUGAAGUCACUUACGAGAAGCUGGAGAGCAUCCUCCGAAUGUAUGAAGCUUACAAAGCAAGCGUCCACAAGUACAUGUUGAAGUUAGUCCAUUUCUUCAGACUGGAAACACAGACCGAGCAGCGAAGUGUUUUGUUGAACCAACUUGGUGUUGUGGAAGGUAACGGAGCUCUGGAGGAUCUGAAGACAACACUUGAAGAGGAGAACUCGAGGAACUUGACGUUUUACCACAAUAUUAUCACAGAAUUGUGGGACUAUGUCAUGCCAGCUGUUGAGGCAUUCAAUAUGGAAUUCAGACAAAUCCAAGACGAGGAGGCUAGUUUUGUUCUUCUAGCCGACAUCGUUCUUCAGAAGUUACCUAUGGAAGCGUUACCGAUAUCCAAAAUUGGUAACUUGAAACAGUUCACGAGGGACUUUUCAUUGCAAACUUUCUACCAUAGGAUGCUCUCUUACACAAACUCUAAAGCUGGUGAAAAUGGUGGUGGAGGUGGAGGUGGAGAAGGUGGGAAGAAGGGUACUAAAACCCCAAUAGGAUCUGCUAGAGGGGAAAGGACAAAAAUGCCUUUGGAAAAGAGAUUGAUGGCAGACAAGGUGGCUCUUCUUCCGCCAGUUUUGGACUCAAAUAAUUUCAAAUACAUGGUUAACGACGACGGUGGAGUGAAAUGUGGAGACUCAAACAUGACCACAGAAAUAGCAGAAAUGUUGAAAGUUACCCAGGCAAAGACAGCUCGAUGGUCUGGAACUCUGAUCACGAACAGUCAAUGCAGUCCAGUGGAGGUGCAGCAAAUCCUCCACAGCUCAUCAGGCUUCCUCUACUGUGGACUUGGCAAACUCAGUGGACUUAUUUCUUCUGAGCUUUUGACUUGCUUAAACUUAACUGAUAGUCACGUUCAUAUCAUCGCAGACAAAGUAACAUCAGCUCAUUCAUUGAGAUACGAAGCUAAAGCUGACCAAGAUAAGGACAAAGAGAUACUUGCCCUUGAGACUUCUCUUAAUCUUGCUGGACUGUUUUACCUAAACGGAAGUGUCCUAACACUUAUCAACAGUGACGAAACUAACUCUGAUAACAACGUCAAGUUUGUGUCUUCUCUUCUGAAGACAGUGGUAGAAGGUGAGAUAUCGUUAGGCUCUGCUUUAUACCUCACUCGCUUCCCUCCUCCUCCUGAAGCUGCUCCUGCAGCACCGGUAACUCCAGUAGGAAAAGGAGCAAAAGCUAAACCUGCCAAACAGAAAUCAGACUCUGGUGCGGAUGCUACCCCUCAGAUUCCUAUUGAGAUCACCAUGCCUGAGUCAUUGGAUCCGAGUGUGUUUAACUUGGCAGCUUUUGGCGUCCCUCACAUUACUCUCGGUGAAGCUGUUCCAGCUGCAGGAAAGAAAUAAAGUGAAUGAACUGAAUUUGUCAUGCAACUGAGUUUCGUUGAAAUUGCUAUAAAUUAUUGUACUUUCAAGCUGUACUGUGUACAGUUUAUUUUGGUGAUUUCAUAACUACCGUGUAACCUAUUUUUGCACUUUCCAGAAAGUCUCACUUUUUCAAAAAUUCGGGCAUAAUGAAACAUCAAUAGCUAUAGUUUUGUGUUAGAAAAGUUAUCAGAUUUCUUGAUAGAUUAUAAUAUUUAAUAGUAAAUUACUUGUAUAGUUGUCCAAUAACGAUUGUUUAAUAAGAGAUAUUUUUAAUUUCUUUCAGU